GCUUUAAAUUUUAAGGUGAUUACGAAGUUAGAAAUGCUCAGCGAAAUUUCCACUCUUGAACGCUAACGCUAAUGUAAUAAAAUCUGAACGGCUGUCUCUAUUAGAAAUGAAAAUCCUCCUUUAUGCAGAGGAAACGUUGUAACGUUGGGAAAAGAUGGAAGUGAUAAGAAAAUAUAUAAUAUAUCCAUGAAUUUAUUUGUGAGUUGUAUGCGUAUAAUAUUGAUUGUAAAAACAAUUAAUGAACAAUUUUAUGUCAUAAUGAUUGUAAAAAAAGUCAAUAUUAAGUCUUUUAUACAAGUGCUGAUUAUUGUUGUACAUGCUACAAAAUUUCGUAAAUUCUGCUCUUUCAUAUAUACUAAUCUCAUAGAGAACUUGAAAAGUUAUACUUGAUAGCCUGUAAAAAUUUUCUUGUAAUUUUGUUGAGACACCGUAUACGAUUUCAUGCUCUUUAACAAAUCGGUACUACCUUGUAGGAAUGUCAACCGGAAUUUCUACACGAUCUCGUCCUGAAGAUGAAGGCCUACAUCUUCACCCCUGGUGAUUCGAUAUGUCGGAAGGGCGAAGUCGCUCGUGAAAUGUUCAUAAUAGCCGACGGUAUUCUAGAGGUGAUCAGCGAAACUGGUAGAGUCCUCACGACAAUGAAGGCCGGGGACUUUUUCGGCGAGAUUGGUAUACUCAAUUUAGAUGGAUUGAACAAACGCACAGCUGACGUUCGUUCGGUUGGUUACUCCGAGCUGUUUAGCCUCUCGCGGGAGGACGUGCUGGCAGCGAUGAAGGACUACCCGGAGGCGCAGGAGAUCCUGCAGAAUCUCGGUCGGAAGCGGCUGAUGGAAGCGCAAAGGGUAGCACGAGCAUCGCGCCAACCUACAUCUCCCGGCCACGAUUCAUCCGACAACAGUACCGGCAAGAGGAUCGUCGAUAAGCUCAAGAGCGACGUGAAGGGUCUGAAGAACGUCCUGCGCAAGAGCAGGCGUAACACGCGGCUGGAAGAGAGCCUGGAGCUUCAGCCACUGGCGCCGAAGGCGGCGGUUCUGAAACGGCAGCAGAAGAUCGACGACGGCCACGACCUGUCUUUACCCAAUACUCAGGAGCAGCCAGUGUCACCGCUGGGCGCCGGUCUUCCGCUGCUGUCCAGGCUCAGGCUGUUGAAGGAGAAGGAAGAGAGGGAGGAACGGCGUACCCUGAUGGACACGCCGAGCCACGCGGCGGAGUCGCACGCGCCGCCAGUCUCGGAGCCCUUGAACCCUACCAACCCAAAUCUGCCGUUCUUGCAGAGGAUACUUCUGCUAAAGGCAAAGAACGAGCAGGACACCAUUCAAAUAGAGAGGGAGAUGCCCAUCAAGGACUCUCUGCUUCCUGCUACAAGGAACGUCAUUCCUGAAGAGACAAGCACGCUAUCGGACGAGCAGUCGUCCUCAGGUGGUCAGAGCGUCGCGAUGACCACUGUGAUCUCGCAGGUUGAGACGCGCACGAUCAAGAGGCCGUGGACCACGCUGAAAAACGCAUCGUUGACCGCCAAGGACAAUUCGCCGCAGAAAAGCCCACCGACUAGAAAGCUACAGCAAACCAAAAUGUAUGCCUCCGUCGACGAUUUAUCGCCAGAGUACUGCGGUCUACCGUUCGUCAAAAAGCUCAAAAUCCUCAACGAGAGGCAGAAGCUGGCCGAACUGGAGAAAGCGGUCAGGAGCUCGUCUCUCGAUUGCGGUGAGAAUGUCGAGCCGGAGUACGAUGGCAAUCUCACAAGGAGUCAUUCGGAAGCUUGUGCUAUCGAGUAUGUCAGAAAACUGGCUAAAUAUAAUCAAGACCGACAAAAAGAAGCGUCGCCAGCGGUGGAACAGCUGUCGCCGGAGAACGAGACUCUCGAGAGGCGGAACCUAAAGAGCAUUCUGAAGAAACUGUCGGCGAGUAGUAGGGCCGGCAGUUCGGAGACCUCGGCCACGAGCACGCCAGAUCACCAGGCCGCCGCCGAGCUGAGGAGGCUGAUGAGAGCGCCGACGAUCGAGGGUUACGCCGCGCGGCACUCGAAGCUGUCCAAGAGCGUGACCUUCAACAAGUACACGUUGCAGAGCCCGCCGUCCGAGCAGCCCCAGCAGCCGCCGUCGAAUUACCCGCUGUCCGGCACCCAGGAUCAGCCGUCACUGCCGCCGCCCAAUAAAUUCAGUUUCCGUCCUGUGAGCAGUGCCGGUGGUGUUCUGCAAACGGUGUGCCGGCCGCGGGAGGAGGAGUGCCUGGGCGAAUUGCUCUCCGGGGUUGGUGAGGUCAUCAAGGCGGGUCUGGAAGACAUGCAGAACAAAUUCGAGCGACAGUUCACGUCUCUCGAGCUGGAGGUCCGCAAACGUGACGAGAUAAUAUCGCAAUUACAGUCGCGGAUCCAACAGCUGGAGCGAAGGAAACUGCGACGCGGGGACGACUCCGGUGGGGACAGCACCGAGCACGAUGCUUCCAUGGAGGAGGACCUCGAAGACGAUCGCGAGGAUCACCCCUUCAUGCGUGACAGCUCCGUGGACACCGUUCUUGGCGGGUCCACGCGGUCGCGCGACCGGCACUCGUCCUCGAGCUCACGCAGCAGGCGAUCGUGGGAGGAACACUCGGAAAGAGAAACCUUGGAACUGCAGGAGCUGCCGAACUCGAUAGUGCCGCAGAGGCUGUCCCGGGAUGACGUGGCGAUCGACCUUGAAUCGAACAGCGACAGCAGAUCAGACGAGGAAUUUGACAUUUGCGACCGUCGCAAGGGUGAUAGCGAUGAGGGCGACGAAGAGGAUGAAGAGGAAGAAGAAGAGGAAGAGGAAGAUGACGAGGAUGACGACGAUAAGAUCAUGCGGCAAGAUGGCUACAAUAAUUGGGAGGUCGCGCUGCUAGCGAAACAGCUCGAGGCGAGGAGAAGAAGUGGCGAUAACGCCAGCCCGGGUUCCUAUUUAAACGAUUCGAUUAAUCUCAAACGUAUAUUGGAUUGUAAAUAUUCACAGGUGCGGUGCGCGCUCCGCGCCCGCUAUUGUUGUGAUGCCGAGGACGUGAGCGGAGUAACGGACGGAUUCGACAGGAUGGGCGACAUACGGGCUGGCCUCGAAGACUUGAAGCUCGACAGUGCUCUGUUUGCCAACGUUAAAUACUACGUCAGCGGUGAGGCCGAUCCGAAGAUUUUGAAUUUAUUGCAAGAAGGUGGGGCUGAGAGAUCCAAUUAUUUUAGUGAUUUUGUUACGCAUCUGAUAGCAGGCAAUGAAGCAUUAGAAAAUGAUAUUUCUGAAGCAAAGGAUCUAUAUGAGAUACCAGCAGUUACGCAAAAUUGGAUUUUAUAUUCCAUUAAGUGCAAGAAACUUCUACCAACGCAAUAUUUCUCACCAGAAGAGAAUCAGUUGUUUUCGAACAUACAUGUCUGCCUGUCUCAGGUAAGUCGGGCUGAUAGCAAGUCCCUAUGGGCAAUGAUAACCUUGCAAGGUGGCAAAUGUCAGCUACGCUUGGACAGAUAUUGCACUCAUUUGAUUACGUGCAAAGCAAGUGGCGCAAAGUAUGAAGCUGCUAUGAGACACCACAUACCUAUUGUAACACCUGACUGGAUAACGGAAUGUUGUAAAAAAGGCACUCUUGUAAGUGAAGUGGAGUAUCAUCCUAGACUAUUAGUGUCUCCAAAUAGUUCGACAGCCUUGAUUACCGGAUUCAUGGACGAAGAUACAGAUAAUAACAUUACACAAGAAGAGCAAGAUAAGACUAAAGCCAUGCUCGAACAGCUCAAGCAACGUAUGCCAUGGAAUCAGCCGAGUCCACCGGUACCCUCGAGUGCUCCGCACAGUCUUGGUGUGACUAGUACAGCGACUGUUCCUUAUUCGACAAAUGGACAAAAUACUAUAAAUAUGCAAUCGCAAUCGCAACAGCAGCAUCUUCCACGGCCAGUUCCCUCGACCAAUCCGAGUACUUCCACGGUCGCUCCAUCAGUCUCUGAUCAAGAUGUAAUUCAUCAAACAAAUUGGCUUCCACAGACAUCUCAGCAAAACAUUUCUCCGCAAAUGAAAGCUGUACCAUCACAAAUGCAACAGCAAGAAUUGUCUCCGCAACAACAGCAACAGCAAAUGAAUAUGCAACAUCAGUUGAUACAACAGCAACAGUUAACAUCACAACAGCAAUUGACGCAGCAACAACUCACACAACAUCAGCAACAGUUGCAGCAACCACCGUAUAAUCAGCAGCAACAACUUUUGAAUCAACAGCAGUCGCCUCAGAUACAGCAACAAUUAGUAGGACAACAGCAAUCCAUGAUGCCCCAACAACAACAGCAACAACCAAUAAAUUCGCAAUUAUCCCAGCAUCAGCUAAAUCCACAGCAACUACUGACAUCACAACAAAAGCAAUUGAAUCAACAGCAAAUUAUUCAACAACAGCAAUUACAGACUCAGUCACAUUUGACGCAACAGCAGCAACAAGUGCAACUGGCUCAGCAGCAACAGCAGCAGCAAAUAGUGAUGCAGCAGCAGCAGCAGCAACAAUUAUCUUCUCAACAGCAACAAAUAGCAGGUCAGCAUCCAUUGACUCAACAACAGACUCCACCGCAGCAACUCACUCCCGAGCAAAGACAACUUAUUUUGUUGCAACAGCAACAACAGCAGCAGAAGAUACAACAGAUCUCACAGCAACUGCAGCAAUCUGCUCCACAGAAUUCUCAACAGUUCGUCAUAAGAGACGGUCAAUUACAACAACAGUCACAGAAUCAGCAAUUAAUUGGACCAAAUCAACAAGGAUUUAUCGUUCAACGAGACUCACAGUGGCAGCAACAGCAAUACCACUUACAACUGCAAAGGCAACAACAGCAGCAACAGAUUGGUGCUCAAAGAGCCUCCGGAGGACAAUGGAAUCAACAACCACCUCAACCUCCCCGACAGUUGAUUCAUUUGGACGCGCAGACACAUCAGCAACUGCAGCAGAUGGACCCGCAACAGAGGGCUCAGUUUAUACAGAAGAUUCAAAAACAACGAAACCUCCUAUUGCAGAGGCAGAUGCAGAAUCGUCAAGCGCAGCAAGGCUCACAUAUUGCUGUUAUAAGAAGCCCUGGUAAACCAGUACAGCCAGGUAGUUUACAAUGGGUUCAGCAAGCUCGACCGCAGAUGAUGGGACCACAACUCGCGCAACCUUCUGGGCAGAAGCCGGUACAUCCUGGUGUACAGCCACCAGCAUUAACUCCAAUAAACUCUUCCAAUCAAGUCAUUGUGUCAGCCGGCCAGGCCGUUCAAGGUCCGCAAGCUUCACAAACGGGCCAACCAUUCCAACAGGCACAACUGACACCUCAGCAAUUGGCGCAAUUACAGUUACAGAAGCAACAACAAAUGGUUAGAUUGCAGCAGUUGCAUCUACAACAACAACAACAGCAGCAGCAGCAGCAGCAGCAACAACAACAACAACAACCAGGGGCACAGCAAGAACCGCAAUUAGCGCCUUUGCCAAAUAAUGCGCAAAUUUCACCAGAUCAGCAGCUUGUCGUGAAUCCUAAAACUAAAACUGCAUUGGCAAAUAUGCUAACCAACAGAAUACAAAGUGGUGCUGCUGAAGGUAGUGCAGCUGGUCAAUUGAGAUUGAUGACUGCGCAACAUCGACCUCCACCCCCACCUUCGCAAGAUCCACAACUCUUAGCCGCUUAUCAGAGAAGAACUUUGGGGAAUAUAACAAAUGGCGCACCAUCAGGAGCACCUAUGAAAAUGCAAUAUGCUCCAGUUAUGCCACAACCUAAGACUCAGUUUUAUGGUCACAAUCCAAAUUUGAAAUUGCCGCCAGAUCUAUUUCUGUUAGGAUGCAUUUUCGUCAUUGUCGAAUAUGAUGUACAGCGUCCUAAUGAAGUUUCUGUUUGGAAACAAGUUAUCGAAAGACAUGGUGGCGAAGUAGAAGCGCAAUACUGUACUCGCGCAACGCACGUGUUAGCUAUCACGCAGAAACAUCCAACUGUGGUGCAAGCUUUGCGUGAGGGAAAACGUUGUGUUAGUGCACAUUGGCUUUCCGAUGUUGUCAGUAAGCAACAAGUAGUCCCACCUUGGCAUGUUCUUCACUUUCCAACGCCGUUUGGCUUAACUGAACUUCCAUGUAGCAAGCAAAUCAUAUCUUUUUCUGGAUUCGAGGGAGAAGAACGAGCAAAAGUCAAAUUCAUGUUAGAGGCUUUGGGUGCAAAGUACACUAAUUACUUUUCCAGGCACAAUACUCUUCUUGUCUGUAGAAGGCCAGAUGGACAAAAAUAUAAAAAGGCACGCGAAUGGCAAACCAGUGUCGUAAACGUACAAUGGUUGACGGAUUUACUAUGCGGACAGAUGAAUGCUUUGCAUCAACUUGAGGGUCCAAAGUAUCAACAGUUUAGUCUGAGCAACCCUUUCAGACUAGAUUAUUCGUUAGUGCCUCAUCUCAUGGCUGCUUGGAAAAUGCCAAUAAAUAUUACGCAAGAAUCAUAUGACAAAGUAAAACAGGUUGGUCAGGGUCCAAAUUCAAUCAGAAAAUACAAAAAGCCACGUCUGGAUGGUCCAUUAUUGAAUAAAGAUCCGCAUCUUUUGGGUCUGGAUGAACCAAUUGUUAUUAGCAAUCCUGAUCCUCCGCCACCCGAUAAACAACCAAGAAUACUAUUUUCUGGUAUUAACCCGAAAAAUCAUGCCAAGAGGAUUCGAGAACUGGGAGGUGCUUUAGCUGCUAGCUGGCGAGAUGCUACUCAUCUCGUAAUGUCAGCACCAUUACGAACAGUAAAAUUAUUGUGUUGUUUAUCACGAUGUAAAUAUAUCGUCAGCCUUCAAUGGUUGCUCGAAUGCUCUUCAAAAAACACUUUUGUGGACGAAAAUGCAUAUAUGCUCGGUGAUCCAGAAUUCGAGAAAAAUUUCAAUUGCAAUAUCGAAAAAAGUUUAGCGAGUCCCAAUCGAGGAACAGUACUUAAGGUAACAGAUUUUUUUUUAAACAAUAUUUCUUUAACAAUUCGAAUUUUAAUUGUAUGAUACAAAAAGUGAUAUGCAAAUGGAAAUAUUUUAUUUUUAUUUUUCUGUACAAAUAGGGUAAAUAUUUUAUGUUACACCAAGUGUAAUACCAUCUCCCUCGGCAAUUGCGGAAAUAAUAGAGAGUGCAGGAGGUACAAUGGAAAAGACACGUAGAUCAAUCGCUCAAAUACAAGAAAUGAAUGCUGCGAAAUUAAGUUAUAUUAUCGUGACUCAUGACAAUGACCUCCAUCUUCUCUCUGAUGUCUUACGUGCAAAUAUUAAUGUGUACAGUGCAGAAAUUGUAUUAGGCGCAGUUGCACGACAAUAUUUCCAACCUGAUACAAGUUAAAUCUAAAAGGUUAUACUUUGCUAUAUUUUUAUCCCUGUUAUGGGCCUAUCAAUUCUUUAGUGAUUAUUUUCGAAACGGAAAUUUUUGCUUAUCUUCUGCAAUGGGACAAUAAAAAACAUAAUUUUAUGAUACAAAAAA